ACAAGAUGGACAACGAAGAGGCUGUAGCAUUCUUCAAAAAAUGUAUGGUGGACGACCCAGGCAUGUCGACGGCUGUUGCCGCUAUACAAACUCUUUUGGAAUUUAUGAAUCAAAAUUCAGGUAAGACGAGAUAUGGCAAUCAGCCGGGAGAAUUUCCACUUAGAUCUAGGGAGUCAAAGGGAUCUAUAAGUAGCUCCUGUGGAGACAGCAAGGACUUUGAAGAAUGUAAAAGAGUUCUGGUUGAAAGAGGUCAGCUGUACCUGAAAAGAGCUGCUUCAGCCAGGAAGAGAAUUGCCAAACUUUGUGAUGCAUUUAUUAAAGAUGGGGCUACAAUCCUUACUCAUUCCCGAUCCAGAGUUGUGUUGGAAAUUUUUAAAAUGGCCACUGAACAGAAAAAGCGCUUUAAUGUUUUUGUGACAGAGUCAGCUCCAGAUAAAUCAGGGGAGUUCUUCCAGUGAGGAUGGUCAGCCAGUAGUGGACUACACUCCGCCAUCUUACAUCACCUUGCUGUUCACAGAUCUUGGAGUUCUAACGCCUUCUGCUGUCAGUGAUGAACUGAUUAAACUUUAUUUAUGACUAGAAAAACCUUCUCUUGGCCACGGAAAACAGUGAAAACACCCACGGGCCACCAGCUCUCUGUAUUGCGGUCUACUACUACUUAUGGAUGAAUUGGAAAGUAUUAUGGGAUUUAUAUUGCCUAACAACGUUGCUGUGUAGUGGACCACAUCGUGGGCUCAGUUUUGCGAGUUAUGGUCUCUGAGUGCUGCAGGCCAAGGAAAUCUUAUUGCUCAUAAGUUGUAAAGAAAAUGAAAAAUGGAAGGAACGUUGCUUCGUAAAACAGGAUGGAUUACCCUCAAAUAGGAUUUACCUCUGUUUUAGUAACUUUUUCUGGCCCCGGUUGUUCAAAGGGUGGAGAACGCUAUCCUCGAGAUAAAUCUCUAUCCAGUAUAUAGCAUUGUACUUUUUGUUUUAUCUCGUAGCCAAGUCACGCGGUGUAACUUCAACUAAAAUGAAAUAGCAGCUAAAUGAAAUGGGACUGCUUCCCACCGCUUGUCCGUGAAGGUCUGGGUAUGAGACGUUUUGUUCACACACUGUAUAGCGAUUUACCUGUUGGUUAGCGUUAUCUGCACCCUGGACCCUGAUGUAUUUACUUUGUUUUUGGUUAUGACGGUGUGUCCUUCCCAGUCUAAUAGAUGGGUUUACCAAGUUUGAGUAAGUACACUUCGUUUUGAACUUCAUUUCCAUUUCUCUACGCACCUUUUUAAACAUUUACAUCAUAAAGCCCGAUUUGACCUAAACACCCUUUAAAGAUUGUUUCAAUGUUUUUUCCUGGUUAAAUAUCCGAAGAAAAUAAACUAUCUGUCACGGUGAGAAACUAAUAAAAUAAAACGGUAAAACCUA